CAAUCAUAAUAUAGUCAUAUGAUUGUAUCUGCACGCAUAAGUACAAAAUAUAUAUAGUCUUAGUCAGAAAGUAUACCUCAAAAAUCCUUUUUUUAUUUUUAUACUUAGGUGUCCAAAUAAAAGUGGACAUUUUCAGGAAGCCUGAGAUAAGCAGACACAGACAGGUCUCAGCCUCGAGGGACCGCAUUCACUUGUGUGCUCAAGACCUAUAAACACUCAACUAAUGUUGUUUUUGGCGGCCUGUUUUAAUUUUAGCUCAACACAAAGCAAAAUAUACAUCCUUCAAAAAGGUGUUUCUACCCUGAGGGCCUCCAGUGUCACACUACUAAAACCUUAGCGAUAACAAUGGCACACCAUGGUUAUAGAUUAGUUUGCAUAAUGUAUAGGCCAGCAAUUAUAUGGAACACUGGAACCGUAUUGAUUCACUAGACGUCUUUUGCACUUUGCCCUGACAUAAAUCUCACUCUGGGGCGGAUUUCCAAGUUACGUGUCAGCAAUAGUGGCAGAAAUAGUGUAGCGAUUUACGGAGAGUUUGAAUAGUCGCAAAAAACACGGACAACAUAUUUUGGUGCCAUCAGAAGAAAAAUGAAUUUAUUUUUUAUUUUUCUCGCCUUCCAAGAAAGGAUAUUUCUUCAACACUAAACUGAGUCAUUUGUGCACCACUGAAAUAACCGAUUUUUCAUCGAUCUCGUCUCUGCAGUCAGUGCCUAUUCUAGUUAUGUUCACAGGGGGUGAAUCUUUGCAAAGUCAUGCCUUCUUCGGAAUACAUGGCUGGGAGCGUUUCAGGAGCGCUUGGAGUGGUUGUAGGACAUCCGAUGGAUACAGUCAAGGUACGGCUACAGGUGCACACUCAAUAUAACGGUAUAUUCGACUGUGUGGCCAAAACAUUUGCCAACGAAGGGCUCCAUGGCUUCUUCAAGGGAAUGGCGUUCCCGGCUCUGACCUCUGGCCUAUCCAACUCUGCCAUCUUCGGUUCUUAUUGCAGCGCUCUGGAUUACCUCACGCGGUCGCGGCCAGGCGACCGCGUCCAGGGCAAAGACGCUCCCGCAGCGCACGUCUUCGCGGCCGGCUGUUUCUCUGGACUAGUGGGGGUGGUGAUCAUGGCCCCCGUGGACCUGGUGAAAGUGCGUCUGCAGGGCCAGGCCAGUGGAGCGCGCUACAGAGGGCCCCUCCACUGUGUCUCCACCAUACUGCGGGAGGAGGGCCCCCGCGGCCUCUAUCGUGGUGCGCUGGCCCUAGCCCUGAGGGACGUCCCCUGCUACGGCCUGUACUUCCUGCCGUACGAGCUGGUGAGGCGGGCCCUCACGGAGCCAGGAACACAGUCGGGGACCUUCGCCGUACUGAUGGCUGGGGGCACGGCGGGCGUGGUGACCUGGGCCUGUGCCACGCCCAUGGACGUGGUCAAGGCCCGGCUGCAGCUGUCCGGGGCGGGGGGCCGGCACUACCGCGGGGUCGCCCACUGCAUCCUGGUCAGCGCCCGGGAGGAGGGGCCCCGCGUGUUCUUCAGGGGCCUCCUGCUGAACAGCGCCCGGGCGUUCCCCGUCAACGCCAUCACCUUCCUCAGCUACGAGAGCCUGGCAAGGGCCCUGCGAGGGGGCUGAGGGCCGGGACGGGGGUCCACGGGGGUACACUGCAUACACUAGUCCGGGGGGGGGGGGUUAGGAAACGGAGGGGCGGGACUGAGCAGAGGGUAAACAGGGGUGGGUGGGGGGGUGGCAUCUUGUUGACCCCGCCCACUCCCAGUUGAAACGGGCCCUCCACCGCUACAUCAUUGUGGAGUCCACACAACAGGACCACAGCGCCUCCAGUGGUCGAAAUGUACCGUCAAAACCAAACAAACAGCAUCCGGGGAAAACUACCAACAUUAGAUGUACAAUGUUGCCCUUUUCCUACAAGCUCCGUAGCUCAUUGACCAAAGAGGGAGGCUGUUUCAUGGCUGUUCAUGGGUUCUUGUCGUAGCCGUUCAUGCUAACGGUGUACAGGGCACGCCGUCGCCUGUUGUCUUGUGGGCUUUGUAUGUCCCCUGUGGCCCAGGAGACAUGUUUUUUUUCACUCCCAUUCGUUUGUAGCAUUAUUUUGUAACAUCAAGAUUGUUGUUGGCCAAACAUAGCAGCCUUUAUUUUUGUGAUUGCUAUUUUUCCUAAUCUGUAUUUUUUAAUGAUAUAUACAUACAUGCAAUUAUGUAUUUAUAAGAUGUGUAUAUAGCGUUUACACUUUUAACCUAAUUUACGUUGUGUGUUGAACUUAGAAGCGCUUGUAAUUUUACCUGUGAGCUUAUCUCUUAUCGGUGUAACAAUGCAUUUCCCCCAUGACACCAGCAGGGAGCGCUGUUUCACCCUCCAUGCCGUUGCGAUACCUGCAGCUGCUCUACACUCUUCAGUUAUGUUUACAGAACGGCUAGUGCCACGCCUCCUUUUUAGUCACUCCAAUAUUGGUUCUGUGCUCUGAUGGUCCAUGGCCAAACCUGUUGCUUUGGAUGUGGUACAAUUUGUAAUUUAAUGUUAGCAUUAUAGAAAGCAAAUCACAUAUCUGAGCCUAAAUGUAUACUGUUUUUAUGUUCAAAUAAGCUUGAAUCUAAAACAGCCUUACAAAGCACAACUUUUUUUUUUUUAAAGGUUUUAAAACUUAAAAAAAAAUGUUAGCACAUGUCCCAUAAAAAAUAUCUUUAAUAAAAAGUAUUGGUCCAA